AUGAGUCUGAAGUGCGUGGCGGCUGGCUGCGUCGUUGGUGAGCUGGCAAAUGAAGCCAAGCUAGAGAGAGCUGAGGCAAGAAACGUGUGCAGGACGUCUCAAACUAGCUUCUCCGAAUCGUCAAAUGACAAGAUUACUGACCAAAACGCGGGAGAUAGAAUCUACUACUGGUCUCUAGCCAAUUCAAUAUGA